AUGGACCAGAAUCAAGCAGGCAUGACUGACACUUCCGUGGUUGGCAAAUGGUACGACCAGAAUGCCAUUCUUGAGCACAACAGGCUCAUGGCCUCCUGUAUAGAGUACUCCAUAACAAUGAGAGUAAUAAAGCAGUGUCUUCUGGAGCUUGCAACCAGCUCUGGCAAGCCGAUCCGCAUUCUUGACCUUGGUGGCGGGACGGGCAGAUACGCGGUCGAACUGGCUAAACUGGGGCAUAUCGUGACUCUCUCAGAUAUCUCACAGUCAGAGCUGGAUUAUGCAGCCAAGUUCGCUGGCGACAGUGGUGCGAUUCUUGAAAAUAUUGUCCAAGCAGACGCCCGACAUGUGAGAAAUAACGAGAUUCUCUUUCGAAAGGGUCACUAUGACCUUGUCCUUUGCAUGGGGCCAAUGUACCAUCUCCUUGAAGAAUGUGAGAGGCUAGCUGUGCUGGAAUCGUGCAGUUUAAUGACCAAACCGGAAGGAUUCGUCAUAACCGCAUUUGUCACAAAAUACGCACACUUGCGAGAUAUUGCUCAAAGGGAUCCCAGGCGUCUAUGUGACGAAUCGGACUUUUACGCUCAGUAUCUGUCGACUGGAAAAUACACUCGCAAUCCGAGCAAUAUCGUGUCACACCAUAUCGAUGUUGGUGACAUACGGGGGCUUUUUGACAAGCUGCAACGCAACGGGCUGGCAAAUAUUCGUCUUGAAAGGCUGGUUGGAUGUGAAGGGUUUUUAGGGGGUGGCUUAGGAGCAACUAUUAAUCUGAAUGACGCAGAGACGUAUGAAGCUUGGGUGGAUGUUCUGGCUAGAUAUUCAAUGGAUCCCCAUGUUCUUGGUGCCUCAGAUCAUAUUGCCGCAGUUGCCAGGCGUGUUGGGUAG